AUGGCUAGCUACAGAGCUCCGAACAAGACGACUCUGGGUAGCAUCCAAAUGCUGUUCGGAGUUGAGAAUCUGUCGUCCUUAUUGGGAGCAAACUCCAUCCCACUAUUCACCUCAUCCAACCAAACUGUGGCUGCCGGUGAGAUGAUCAAAAUUCCCUUUUAUGGGAGUUCGUUGGAGAAGAUCGCCCGGGAGUCUUGGGUCACCGAAUAUUCAUUAAUGACGGCCAACGGUAUCUCCAACAGUGGCGAUGUUCGGGAAGGCCAAGUUCCUGACAUUCCUCUCCAAGUUUCUAUGCCACCAGUCUCCGCCCCCGCGCCUGCUUCUAGUUUUCUACAUGGAGAGUCUACUUCUCUUUACAAUGCUCCGCAGCCCAUUCCUAUUUAUCGUGCUCUAGUGUCUCUACUCCAACUUCAGCUUUAUCCUGUGUGA